AUAAGGGCGCAGCAGCGUGGCUCAACCUAUGCUGUCAUCCAGUAACCGAUUAUGACCGGCUUCGGGUGCGACCUAACAUAAACCACGUAAAAAGUUAGUUAGUUGGAAAAAGUUAAUGAAUAUUAAGCCGUGGAAGUAAAGGAGCUGCCAGACUAGCGAUGAUGGCACGAAGAAGGGCAGCAAUCCUUUGCACAGCUGUUUUCGUCGUCACCUUACUCUUGCUGUUACAUCGCUACAUGAAAGGAGAAGUAUUCAUUGGGGGUAUCCAAUCUAUGAGAAACAACUUAAAGAUAGAUAGGUCAAGUGCCAUGAGAUGUUCAGCAAAGAUGAAUAUUGUUUUCCUGAAGACUCAUAAAACGGCUGGUUCUACAGUUCAAAAUAUACUCCUGCGGUAUGGACUGGAGAAAAACCUGACGUUUGCCUUACCAGCUGCUGGCCAUAGGUUUUUUUGGCCUGACUACUUUAAAAGGUCAUCUGUUCUACAGGAACAACAAAAAAGGAGCAAGACUGUCUACAAUAUACUAUGUCACCACACCCGCUUUCACUAUGCCAACAUGAGGGAUCUCAUGCCUGAAGACUCAGUUUACAUUACGGUGGUACGAAGUCCUGCUGCAAUGUUCAGAUCUGCUUUUGAGUAUUCAUUUAAAGAAAAAUACAAUAUUUUCCAGCCACAUGCCAUGGGUUUUCUUUCUAGACCCUCGUAUUAUGUUGGUCCAUACGGAAAGAGGCCAUUUUUUCGGAACCCAAUAUUUUUCGACUUGGGAUACAGUCCUGAUCAGCUUGUGUCAGAAAAGUUAAUCAACGAAGCAAUUGAAUACAUAGAUGGUAUUUUUUCCGUUGUUUUGGUGUCGGACCAUUUUGAAGAGUCCAUGGUGCUGCUACGACAUACUCUAUGCUGGGAUCUUAAUGACGUAACGUAUUUUAAGCUAAAUGCAAUGAAGACACCAUCUACAAAGUACGUCUCUACAGAGACUGAAGCGAAGAUUAAACAGUGGAACAAAGCCGAUAGUAUGCUGUUUGAUUACUUCAACAAAUCAUUAUGGCAGAAACUCUCAAAGCUUCCUUUUGAUUGGAUAAGAGAAGUAAAAACAAUAAAACAGAAAAAUAGACUUUUACACGUUAAGUGCAGUAAUAUCAAAACCAAGGAUUUAAAACUUUUGGCACCACCCGGACUAUCUGUUGAUGGUAAUGUAUUAAAAGAACUUGAACAAAGAAAUAAAACUUGCGUUUACAUGGCUAAACCAGAAAUACCAUUUACUCAGGAGCUUAAGAGGAAAUAUCAAAAUUAUAUUAAGAAAUGAAGUAAAGACGACAUCUAUAUUUCUACAUUUUAAGUACUUUAUUCUACAAACUUUUCAUCUAAUACCUAUCCAUCUACAAAAACAACUAUAUUCAUUCGUAAAUAUUGUCAUUAGAUUUGUAGAGUAUAGGAUAUAGGGGUUAACAUUUAAACAACGAUACAGUCAGGAGGUUGAAAGUUUGGAAGAACACAUUGUCAGGGAAUAAAGAGGCAGACAACAUUGACACGGUGACAUAAAGUGGCUC